AGCUUGUGAGUGGAAAGGGGAACUAACUGUGAGAAAAGGAGGGAGCAGAGAGACAGAGCGAUCUCAAGAAUAAGGGCAGGAGAGAGAGGGCGCUUACGCAUUUGCUGACAUCCCAGGCUCAGGAAGUGAAUAUUCUGGUAGAGAGAGAGAGACAGGAAACCCCAGACUCAGGGAGUGGCUCAGAGAAGUCCUUGUUGCACAGUGGCUGCUGCAGAGUCAGUGUCAAGGAAGGACUACACCCUACAAGCCAACAUGAGCCUCCAGCUGGCAAACAUCUUUCUGCCUUUGCUCUUCCUCCUUUGUCUGCGUAUGGGAGCCGCAGAAAAUACUGCUGCUGUCUUUGUGGUGAAUCAGACACCCCCUUCUAUCCGUGCAAUGGAAGGGUCAGAGUUCACCAUCGAGUGUACAUUCAACACAAGCAAUAAUUCAACCAGGUGGUUUGUUGAAUGGAAUAAAACCAGAAACAAUGCAACAGCCAAGGUGAAUGGAACAGAUCGAAUCAUAUUAUCAACAGAUAGAGAAAAGAGGUCUCUUUCCCUCACUGUGAAGAAAGCCGACGUCACUGAUUCUGGAACCUACGUAUGUGGGGUUGGGAGCAAAGAUGUGAUAUAUCCUGGGACUGGAACCCAAGUGACCAUCAAUGAAAUUACCGACCUGAUGGUGAAUCAAACCCCAACCAGUGUCAGUGAUUUAGAAGGCUCAGAACUUACCAUUAACUGUACAUUCAAGACAGUCAAUAACCACAGCCCCAUGUAUGUGCGAUGGUAUAACUAUGGGACCGAGGGACUAAAGAAAGAGCUGGUGAAUGAGAGCGAGGUGAUCACAACCCUGCAUUUGGACAAUGGGUUUGCCUCUCUCACUUUGAAGAAUGUGAAUUCAUCUAAUACAGGAACCUACGUGUGUGAGGUGGGGGUCACAGCAAGGAACCUCUCUGGGAAUGGAACAGGAACCCAAGUGACCAUCGAGAAAAUUCCCAAGCUGAUGGUGAAUCAGACCCCAGCCAAUAUCCAGGAGUCAGAAGGGUCAAAUCUCACCAUGGAGUGUAGAUUCAUGGAAUUGAAAAACCACAGGACCUUGUAUGUGAAAUGGUAUAAACAUAAUGGAACUGGGGGAACGAAGAAGGAGCUGAUGAGCGAAAGAGGCGGGGGCUCAGCAGCCCUGGAUUUGGAAAAGGGUUUUGCUUCGUUCACUCUGAAGAACGUGAGUGUAACCGAUACAGGAACCUACAUGUGUGAGGUGGGGAGCACAGCUUGGAACUUGUCUGUGUCAGGAGCCGGAACCCAAGUGACCAUCACUCUUGUUGACCUACUGGUGACUCAGAGCCCUGCCUUUGUCAAUGAAGAGGAAGGGAAACAGCUGACCAUAGACUGUAGAUUCAGGGCCCUGGAGAAACCCAGCGCCAAGUACUCUGUUAAAUGGUAUAAAAACGGGACUGAUGGAAACGAGAAGGAGCUGAAAAAUGGAACAGGCUCAGUCACAACAAUUCUAGAUUUCUCAGCGGGCCUGGCUUCUCUGAACUUGACAAAAGCCAGCAUGAGUGAUUCUGGGUUCUACAGAUGUGACUUCGGUAAAAAUGGCCGUGGGAAUGGAACGAGAGUGAUGAUCCAUGCUGUUGACCUGCUGGUGAAUCAGACGCCUGCCGUAAUGAAUGGAUCGGAAGGAGACAAGCUCACUAUAGAGUGUAGAUUCAAGGUGGUGAAAGACUCCAGCACCACGUCCAGUGUUACGUGGUAUAAGACAGGGGCUGAUGGACACAAGAAAGAGCUGAAGAACACAACAGGCAUUGUCACAACAGCUCUAGAUUCCUCAAAGGGCCUGGCCUCCCUCACCUUUAUCAAAAUCAAUAGGAACGACUCCGGGCUCUACAGAUGUGACUUUGGUAAAAAUGGCGGUGGCAAUGGAACCAGAGUGACCAUCCAUGCACAUGACCAAAAGCUGAGCGUUUACAUUGUUCUUGGGGCUGUGGCUGGGACACUUCUCUUCUUCCUGGUGCUCGGUAUCCUUUUGUGGAGACGCAGACAGUGCUCCAAAGAACCACUUCAAAGCAGGUCAGAGGCAGAGAUGAAUCAGCUGGAGAUGUCUUCUCCUCCACCAGCUGAUGAGGUGACUUACGUUGACUUGAACUUCCACAAAAAGGAUGCAAAAGCGGAGGAAGAGGUUGUUUACACGGAAGUGAAGAUACGGCCAAAACAGAGAGAUGACAAUGACAUCUACGCAAAAGUCAAAUCUCAUCAGCACUAGGGGGAAGAGCUAAUGGGAAUUAACAGAGGGGUGACCAGCAUUUCACAUGUCCAUUAAAUGCAAGUCUCCAUGAGAAAAUGAAUUAGCUCUUAGUGAAAGAUGUCCUUGGAGAUCAAAGUCCUCUAGUUAUGAAUAGAACAGGUUGCAGUGCAAGAUUUCCUCGUUUCCUGCUCCAUCAACAUGUCUCAACUCUGGUCUGGAGAGACCAAUUCUGAGGGCAAACGGAGAGUUCUGCUAACCCAUCUACUCUUGGUCUAUGAGCUGCAAUUGCAGCCAGGAAACAGGUUGUGCUGUGGACAGUGGUUCACUAGGAACUGAGUCGAGCCCAGAAAUUCAUUGAAUUUUUAGUUGCUAUUUACCAGCACUGUAUUUGAACAGCGACCAAGAGCCAAGCCCUUGAGCCACCCAAGUAUGGAAAAUGUUGCCAUCUUGUUGUGGGAAGCGUUGUCCUCCACUGGAGAUGCCAACUGUGCUGAACGAGGAAGGAAAAGCCUCCGAAGAGCCAUGCUCCCUACCCUGGAGGAUGUACAAUAAUGCUGAUAAGGCUCAAGAGCAAUUUCUCAUACUUUCAUGAAUGAGACUGACAUGAUUGUUUAAUCUUUCUAAGCACAAAGCAGGCUUCUCUGUUGGGAGGGAAUUAAGCUUCCCUGGAUUCCACCCACUUAAGAGCCAAACAACAACAAUAUGAAUUGCUUUGCCAGCAGAUUUUAAAAAUUAACUAAAGCUUUUACAGCCGGUUUAGCCCAGGAUUAAGUGUGUACAAUUGCUCUGAUUUAAAUGGAGUUGUACCUACUUACGCCAGGAAUGGAUUUGUCCCCUUGUUUUUGUGAGAAUUUACUGUAAAUUUUAAAAGGAAAUGUGUAAUUUAAAAAAAAGCCAUCAUUUCUAGUGGUUCAAGUAGAUUGUGUUUUCAGAUAAUUAUUAAUAAUAAGAAUUUUAGAUAAACCCUCAGAAAAAAUAACCCAAAGGGGCUGUUGGGCUCCCCAAAAUGGAGAUACCUCAAAAAAUCAACAGGAGUUCCUUUGAAAGUCUCCCCAUAACACAUUGAUUUUUAUGACUACUGCAGAUGAAUGAGAUAUAACCUGUGCAGACCACAACUCAUGGAUUUCCAUAACGAUACAACCAGAAGAGACAACACAGGAACCAUGUGAACACCUGCAAAAUGUUCUGCUGAUUAUUAAUACCUGCAUCCAUUCAUGAGUAACUAAGGGGUAGGUCUUUAGCCACAUCAGUUUCAUGAAUGCAAAUGAUGGGUUAUUCAGUGGUAACUGUUGUUCAUUGGGUAUAUUGCCUCUGCAGAUCCACCCAGGGCAAAUCUGCAGAGGCAGUACUUCCAGAAGAAGAACUGGGUGACUAAAUACCCACCAUGAACACCACAUAUGCUGGGUGGAGACCAAAUUCAAGCCUGGCUGAAGUCAUGAAGGUUUUCACCCAUUUACACCAAGACCGUACAUAUGCCUUAUGAUAUAGAUAAGACUGGCCAUGCUGGGUCAGAUCAAUGGUCCAUCUAGCCCAGUAUCCUGUCUUUGACCAAUGCCAGAUGCUUCAGAGGGAAUGAACAGUACAGGGCAAUUUCAAGUGAUCCAUCCCCUGUUGUCUAGUCCCCCCUUAUGACAGUUGGAGGUUGAGAGACACCACACUGAAUGACUAAGCUGUGUACAAAAUAUACAGCAGUUGCCCUAAACACUACAGCUUGCAGCAGAAUUACUGCUAAUGGUUUAGGCCAUUACUGUACAGCAGGGGUAGGCAAUCUAUGGCACGCGUGCCGAAGGCGGCACACGAGCUGAUUUUCA